AUGAUCGAGGCAGCUGCGCGUAUCGAAGAAACUGGAGUAAAGCUUACGGACAAAACGGAACCGUGCGAGACGUGCAAAAUUCAGAACACGCAGAAGAAACAUCCCAAAACGGCACAGCAUAUUGCUGUUCAGCCGUGUCAGCGGGUUUAUACGGAUCUACUGGGGCCAACUUCGCCACCUGCAAAGGGCGGAUACAUUUAUGUUAGUAAAUUCACUGACGAGUAUUCAAGGAUGAAUAUUGUGUAUUUGACACGGUCCAAAGACGAGGCUAUCAACACACUGGAUAGAUUUAUCCACGACAUCGUCAUACCGAAUGGGACUUCUGCAAGGCCAACAAAUGGCAUCAGUGAACGUGCUGGACGAACGCUCAUCAUGAACAUCGUUAGAUGUUUGAUGCACGGAGGAAAACUGCCGGAGUUUUUAUGGGGCGAGCUAUGUUGCAUGACGGUACACUUCACGAAUCGACUACCGCAUGUGCAUCUCAACCAUGAGACGCCCUACUACCGGAUGUUUGGGAAGCAAGCUUCGCUACGACAUCUGCGGGUCAUCGGCUCAACGGCAUUUGUGCACCUGGAGACGUACAAGUCCAAGCUCGCGAAUCGUGCUUGACCGGGGAUCCUGAUAGGGUAUAGCCCCGACAGCCGAGCGUAUCGGGUGUUCAAUCCGCACACAAAGCGGAUAGUGCAGAGCCGGAAUGUUACGUUCAUCGAACCAAUGGAUGCGGCCAUGCCGCCGGCUAUUCCAACACGGGCGGAAUUGCGCAACGACGCGGAAAACGAAUUAUCUGUUUCCUCGGAUGUCGUAUACAUACCGGGAAACGAGGGGGAAAUGGAUAUUCGCAACAUGAGGAUUUCGAACAAGAACAAGAACAAGAACAAGAACAAGAACAGGAACAGGAAGGAGAACACGAAACAACCCGCAUGAAUCUGCGAAGUGCUGGAAGGAGCAUGGAUCAUCAACUCGAGAUAAAAAACAAAAGACAACAGGGGCAGUCUAGGAAAANUUUCCUCGGAUGUCGUAUACAUACCGGGAAACGAGGGGGAAAUGGAUAUUCGCAACAUGAGGAUUUCGAACAAGAACAAGAACAAGAACAAGAACAAGAACAGGAACAGGAAGGAGAACACGAAACAACCCGCAUGAAUCUGCGAAGUGCUGGAAGGAGCAUGGAUCAUCAACUCGAGAUAAAAAACAAAAGACAACAGGGGCAGUCUAGGAAAAGCAGGGGAGUUGUCCCUAUAGGCUGUCUAGGAAAUCGUAGACAUACAGGUAGUUUUCUCUGACGCUAUUAUUCCAUUGUUAAUCUGUCUCUGACUCUUUUCUAUGAUAGAGAUGGACUCCCGCACAUACUCCACACAUAUGCAUACCAAACUGAAAAUACGUAUGUAAACUGAUGGAUACUGUAUGUCCUACAACUAACAGGGUGCCACACACAAAACGCCCGACUAACCAACAGUACCCAACACCUCUCGUCUGCACCUUCCCAAGAUAACAUAUAUGAGACACACAAGACAGCUACCAAACUGAUUUGUUGAGCCUGUUACCCGCAGGGGAGAUGUCCCUAUAAUAUGCU